GAAACUGCAUCCUCCUAAGAAAGCGAACCGCAGUGUCUGCCAUCCUAGUUUCCAGCGCGUGAGAAGACCUCAUUCUGCGCUUCGCUAAAAUGGGCUCCGGCCGCCCCCUCCGUGCUGCGAUCGGCGACUACUGCGGUGAAGUGCGGGAAAUGAAAGUUGUCCUUGAAGCACGUUUAGACUGAACUCGUCCAGAAGGUCCGAAAUCUGAACAGCUUUCCGGAGGCCUCGCGGCUUCGCGACGGUUUUUUCCGUGCUCACAUUUCCGACUUUCCUGUCCAACAGACCUUUUCGCGCGCGCACGAACUUCCACAGCGUUUGAGCGUCCCUUGUCCGCUUUGCGAUUCACUCUUCGCAGACCGUACCGAAAAACCGUCCUUACGUUUCCUCCACUCCGAACUGGGCCUUACCAGCGUGGUUUCCUCGGGCAAGCUGUCACAGGGAGAUAUCAACUGACAUCUGUACCUUUUUCCCGCUCAAGGCCGAGCAGAUCCGGACGGGACGGCGCGCACAGCCCUGUUUCGUCCGCCCCUCUCCACGUCUUCCUAAAGCGCGUUUCCCUCGUGACUCUGCAAUCUUCGCGGCUUUGGCUGGUAGUUUCACGCAACGCACUCCAACCCUCAUCGUAUGGGUGCGGCCAUUGUGCGUGCCACUCUGGGAAUACUCUCGAAGAAUUCACCGGCUUCUUCGUCUACCGGAGAUCCAGCCAGACUUUGUGUUUCGCCCUCACGCGCUGCGUGUCCUGCCUGUCCGCGCCGCGCGCUCUCAGAGAAAUUCGAAAACUUGAGAAAUUCCUGCUGCUCCACCCGUCCAACAGAGCAUUCUGUUCACCAGGUGUACAUACACCCGAAGUCGAUGUGUCGCGGCGACCAAGCUGCGCACUUUCGGUCAGUUUUAAAUAUCGCCCCCCCCCCCUCGCGCUAGUCAGCGCCACGCAUUGAUAUCGCUUUCUCGUUUCAAAAACGCGAGUUGUGGACUGCAUUCCGAGUUCUUGUUAGCUUCCUACGGAACACUUAACGUGUGCUUUCAGAGAAUCUUCGUGACAAAACGCUCGCCUACUCGAGUUCAACGGCCUGUCUGCUCCCCUAUUCGCGCGAGUCUGGCCCCGCACUGAGACUGGGACCAACUUGCUCAGCAGGCCGGCGCUCCUCUUUCCGAAAAUUUCAGUUCGCGUGUGAGUUGUUUUUUUCAUCGCCGUUUCCCCUCGCCUCUUCGCGUGUCAGGUCCGUGUGGCACUCGAUUGCGCGUUCUCUACUGUGGCAGGGUUCUUCGCGGUUCCAUCUGUUUUUCCUCUCUUCGUUACUUGCUGUUUUUGCUUUCCCGUUCUUUUGUAGCGUCGAAACUCCUGAACCCGUCACUGCCACGCCUGGGACUCUGCGCUGUCGAACUGGCACAGCGUUUUGUCUUGGCUAGCUGUGCAAGACGUUCCGCGACUUCUCUUUCCCGUUAAAAUCUCAAACGUUUAACUUUGCUUGCGUUUGCACGCUCUUCGGACGGAUCGGCAACGAAAUCCAAUUGCUGUGCGGAACUUGUGACGUAGACCAGGCGCGUGACUCUCUGCCGCACCAUUCGUCGCACAUCGAAUUCCCUAACCCUGCGUCGUUUGCUGUCCCUUCCCUCGGUCCAUGUGUCUCUCGCCUCUUCCCGCCUCAUGUUCUCUCGUCGGUUUGAGCUCCCCGUCUCGGCUGUUUUCUCGCACUAGUUGCAUUUUUAUUUCCAGUUUCCAGCAAGGCUUUCUACUUGUGACACAAGCCCCCGGCCGCGACACGCUGUCCCGCUGUCCGCUCCCGUUUCUCUCGUCUUCCCCAUCCACUCUCCCACUGCUUCCUCCUGUCUUCCACCUUCCCCUUCCUGCUCUCUCCCUUUGUCAUCCUCCCUUUCUUUUCCACCUUCGCUUUCGAGCGUUGUGACCGCCUCUUUCCUGCUUCCCUUCUCUCUUCAAGAUGUAUCACGGACCGUCGCCUAUGGCGCCUGGCUUGCUGUACCACCAGCCAGAGGGGUAUGCACCUGCGCCUACGGGUCCGCCUCUGCCGCAAUACAACGCGCCUCGCGGUUCCGGCUCUGCUCCACCGCAGGCAGGUAUGACUUCUCACAGUGCACUGUCUCCGCGGGGCUUUCCACCCUCGCCUACAAAUCGUGCGCCCACGCGAGUCCCCGUCUCGGGGGCCGCGGGAACUUCGCGCAGAUCAGGAAACGGCUGCUUCCUGUUCGCGGUGGUUCUCCUCCUCUCCUUCCUGUACCUCGGCUACGUCUUCAUUCUCCUCGCGCCGCUUCUGUGGCCGAUCCCCUCGAUGCUCGGAAGCGUCCUCUUCGUCGCCUUCCACUGCUCCUUCGUCCUUCUCCUCGGUGCCUUCCUGAAGGCCGUCUGCACCGACCCCGGACGCGUCCCUGCAAACUGGGGCUUCUACAUGGGCGACGAAAACAAGCGCCGCCGAUACUGCAAAGUCUGCAACGUUUGGAAGCCUGACCGAACGCACCACUGCUCCGCAUGCGGCAGAUGCGUGCUGAACAUGGACCACCAUUGCCCCUGGAUCAACAACUGCGUCGGAUUUUACAAUCGAAAAUACUUCAUUCAGCUCCUGAUUUACGCAAUUGCGUGUCUCUUCUUCAUCUUCAUCCACGGAUUCUACUUCAUUUUCGUGGAAAGCAUUCGAAGCACUCAGACUCAUCCUACAGCACUGGAACACUCGGUCCUCAGCUACGAGCCCGACGCGUCGGCCGUGGCUGUUCUGAAAUACGUCUACGUCUGUCUCAUGCUCUUUUUCUCCAUGGUGCUCAUCUUUGCCCUCAUCCCGUUUUCUAGAUUCCACCUCAACCUCGUCCUCAAGAAUUCAACGACCAUCGAAAACAUGGACGUCGCAAAUCGCGACCGAAAUCGCUAUGACCUGGGCGUCAGCAGGAAUAUCGAGCAGGUGUUCGGUUCCAACCCGUGCUGUUGGUUUGUGCCGGUCCAAUUCGCGGCGAAUCGGCCUGUCGGGGACGGCGUCCGCUGGAACAUGCACUACAUGGUUGCUGACGAACAUGUGUAGAGAGAAACUCCCCAUCGGCGAGAGUGUGGACGGGUUUCGGCGCUUCUUUGCUUCGGCCGUCUGUCACGCUUGCCUGUAUCAUCUCUGUUUAGGAGACCGGAGAAAAGCGAGGACGGAAACCGUCCGAUAGGAGACUCGUCUCUGAGGAAGAACACGGAAACUGUUUGCUUGGAGCGUCGCUGUGGAAGUGCAAAACGCGGGAGGAGACCAGGCGAGAAGACACACUCCGCUGUGGCGCCUUUCUGGGUGUCUUCUCUCAGUUGAGAGGAGGCGUCGAUGAGGAUCGUAGAAGAAAUUGAGAAAAGUAGAAGGAAGUUGCCUCCGUUUUCUUUCUUUCUGCCAGAGAGAGAGGCAAGCGAUGACCUAGGCCUAGACAUAAGAGCGGGAGACGGUGCGCUGUUGAAAUUGUUUUCGCCUCCUCUACACGCGUUGGUCGGACGCACCACGAGGAUGUGUGUGCAUGCAGUCUGUCGGUCAUCCUUGGACACAGACAGAAGACAGAACGCGGUGGUUCGAACCUCGUUCUUAGGCUUUUCUCUCUUUUUCGCGAUGCAGACAAGGAUGCUUCUGUUGGGGAGUCGCAUGCGGUCAAAGUGAAGAAUUGGCUGUGUGUCAUGUCGCAGAGGAACGGGGACAGAAACACAGCCUCGAGGAAAGACAGAGAAACGGUGGGACGCGCCAGAUUCUUUUUUAUCCUCGGGCGUCUGUGGAGGGAUCGCCUCCCUGUCGGGCUAAACUGGAGACUCGGAGGAAAGAGAGACCCUCUGCUUGGUCCCAGGUGUCAAGACACUUCGUUCCGCCAUCUUCUGCAACGGCGGAUGUGGAUAGACCUGCGUGCCUCCUCUUGCAUACGUUUCUGAAAUACACGGGUGGCGGAACCGCAGGAAAAACUGCAUCUGCGUCGUGCAGACUCGAGCAUUCGUCUUUCUUGUGCCUUGUCCGAGCCUUCGUUUAGAUUUAAACUCCGAAAAACUCUCAGAUUCUCACCUGUCCUCCUUCGAGCUGAGUGUGGCUGUAGCGAACGAGCUGCUAGGUACGCAGGCUCGCGGCCGUGUCGCUGUGUGCUCGCGAAGAGAGAAAUGCAUUUGCACGUAUUGUGACCAGCCACGUGUGUGGAGCUAAACAGUUCCACAAACAGGCGUAUACCCACAUGCAUUCGGGUGCACAUCUUUUCCCGUUGGAAUGUCGCUCAUACGGAAAAAAACUCUGCAGGUUUACGUUGUCCUGGCGUCUGCUGAUCUCAAAGGUCGCGUGUAAAAGUCUACGCAUGCAGUGGAGAAGGAAAGGAGGGUGUGGGAGGCAUGCAGACCGAGACGGGGGCCGAGGCAGGAAACGACGACGGCUGAUGUGGCACCUCGAGAGCGGGGAAGAAGAAGCAGGAGAGCGGGACAAAGGUAGGGACUGUGCGGUACAGCAAGACUUUUGAUUUUUCAUCGACUGAGGGAAACUUUUUCAUAAAGGAUAAGCGAACACAGGCCGCUGCUGCCUGAUGUGCUUUAUGUUCCAACUGGUUGAGAAGCUUCAACGCGAUUUUUGCCAUGUAAAAUUCAUUUUAUGACAACAAAUAUGAAAACGAGACUGAACUCAGGCCGUCACGUGCGAC